UGGAAAAACAAGUUUAAAGGAAGAACCAUAUAACAUAGUGUCAUUACCAUUUCCGACAUGAUAUGUGCCAGUUUUGCCAGAGACAUUUUAACAGUAGAAAAUGUCGAUUGAAGAAUUUAUACUUGACCUCUUAGUCAGCAAAGAAGAACUGAUGGAACUGGACUGGGUUAUUCGUCCCAUCUGGAAGGAGGGAGGAAUGUCUUGUGAGGUAGAAGUGUGUGAGGGAACAUUUCACUCCAGCUACAAGGAGUGCAGAAUUCACUGGAGGGAAUACAACCAGGAAUAUGUCUCAUUGUACAGGUGUCCUGUGGCAGGGUGCCUAUAUUCUAGUGCUAGAAGGGGACAAGUUACCCGUCACAGGAACUUUAGACACCUGGGUGCGGUGGAUCCUUGUCCUGUUCUUGUGGCCAACCCAAAGUUUGACCACCAGGAGACAAGUUGAUGCCCCUUGCUCCAGUGACCCCAGCCUACUCACUUCCGUUGAUGCUAUAGAUAGCUUUUCAUUUGAUCAGACCGUAAGCAGCCAAUCAAUUCCGUGGGAAGAACCUGCUGUUGAUUUUUUUUUUCUCUUUGUGACGUAAAGAUGAGACUCCAAAAAUAAAGAUAAUGAGUAUAAAAGUGCUGAAGUAUCGUUCACUUUCCAUUGAUGUGGGUACACAACCAGUCGAAUCUCACCAAGUUUUCACUGCAGUGGAGCACCUAGUUAAGUCAUCAUUUCAUGGAGUAAACAAAGUUCAAGCUACUUGGCAAUAUUUGGACAAUUAGCUAGUGAAAAUUGGAGGCCGCGAAUUUCCAGACCUAAAAUAAACUAAAAUGGAGUCGUUGAAAUCCUGAUCAGACUAGCAAGUUAACUCCUUCCACGGUUGACCUUUAGGUGACUGACCUUUGACCUUCAGUUGUCUGGUUUACAAGGUCACCUUCUCAUCAGCCAUUACCAUGGGAGUCCAUGUGGUGGGCAUCGUCGCUGUCAUCGUCUUUUACAUUUUGAUACUGGGAGUCGGACUAUGGGCCGCCCGGAAAUCCCGAGGGGAGACGGACAGCGAAAAUGUGAUGCUGGCAGGGAGGAAUAUUGGCAUCCUGGUGGGGGUAUUCACUAUGACAGCAACGUGGGUGGGAGGUGGCUUCAUUAAUGGUACAGCUGAGUACAUCUACAAAGACGGCCUGCUGUGGUGUCAGGCUCCAUUUGGAUAUGCCCUCAGUCUUCUGUUUGGUGGCCUGUUUUUUGCUGAGAAGAUGAGGACAGAGGGGUACGUGACCAUGCUGGACCCCUUUCAGCUGAAGUACGGACAGAGGAUGGGGGGACUGCUCUACAUCCCCGCCCUGCUGGGGGAGGUGUUCUGGACGGCAGCCAUAUUGGCUGCUCUUGGUGCUACAAUAUCCGUGAUAAUCGACAUCGAUGUGAAGACAUCAAUCAUUGUGUCUGCCUGUAUUGCCGUAUUUUACACCUUGUUUGGGGGACUGUACUCCGUUGCCUACACAGACGUAGUACAGCUCUUCUGUAUAUUCUUUGGACUGUGGGUAACCAUUCCAUUUGCUAUGACAAAUCCAAAUGUCGGCGACAUCUCCGUCAAUGCUUCCGCUAUGUGGAUCAAGUCGGUCGAUCGCCAGUACACGGGCGUGUACUUGGACGGGAUGCUGCUGCUGAUCUUUGGCGGGAUUCCAUGGCAGGUGUACUUCCAGCGAGUCCUGUCUGCCAAGUCGGCAUUCAAUGCCAAGAUCCUGUCCUAUGUGGCAGGAGUAGGAUGUGUCGUCAUGGCGAUCCCCUCCAUUCUGAUUGGUGCUAUAGCAACAAAUACAGACUGGAAUAACACAGACUACACUCUGAGGGAUCAUCGGAAGUUCCCGAUCCCUAAAGAGGACAUGAACCUGAUCCUGCCGAUGGUGAUGCAGUACCUGACUCCCCCCUGGGUCGCCUUCUUCGGUCUGGGGGCGGUGUCAGCUGCCGUGAUGUCAUCAGCCGACUCCUCCAUAUUGUCGGCCAGCUCCAUGUUCGCCAGAAACAUCUACAAGUUACUGUUCAGACAACAGUCUUCGGAGCAGGAGAUAGUGAACGUGAUGAGAGUUAGCAUCUUUGGAGUGGGUAUCCUAGCAACGAUCAUGGCUAUCAUGGUGGACUCCAUCUACAUGCUGUGGUAUCUCUGUUCUGACCUGGUGUACGUCAUCCUGUUCCCGCAGCUGGUCAGCGUAAUUUAUCUGAAGGGAACAAACACUUACGGAUCUCUCGGCGGCUUCGUCAUCGGAUGGUUCUUCCGCCUAAUGGGAGGGGAGAGCAGCAUGGGUAUUCCCGCAGUGAUCAAGUACCCCUGGUACGACAAAGAAACCAACACUCAGUUGUUUCCCUUUAAGACUUUCUGCAUGCUGCUGUCGUUUUCAUCCAUCAUACUUAUUUCUUAUCCCUUGAAGUACGUGUUUGAGCAUGGACUGAUUCCUCCCAAGUACGAUGUCUUCAUGUGUAUCGUUAACGUUCCGGAGGAAACAAUUGCACUCGCUUCAAACAAGAUGUCUGAAUUGACAGCAAUGACUCCGACUGAAGUGAACGGCGGCAAAAUAAAUCCAGCGUUGAAAUUUUCCCAGGAUGACUUGCUAGCUGUUGAGAAAUUUGCUGCCAAAGACGGAAAAGAUGGUGAAAAAACAAACUUUUUGUCAUCGUAUGAAGGUGUGGAAAGUGACGUCCCUAAAGAGUCUUCGUAAGACUCGACAAUUCUUUGCAAUGAAUUAGAGCUGUUUAGUUAGGACUACACAUCUUGUUGUACUGCGUGUGGAUGUCAACAGUCAGUAUUGUGAAAGGAAAGAAAAUGUGAUGCAUUUAUGUCAUGAAGUAUCUGUGUUCUGAAGAUUCAAAUGAAUGGAAUUUUUUUUGCAGUAUAUUGCCUACCUUCUUAACAAGAGAGAAAAUUGAAAAUGACAUGCUUUUUAAAUCUAGAAAGUAGAGAAGAAAAUAUUCCCUAUGGAGAAUUGUUAAUUGACCAAUAUGUAGUAAUAUUGGUAUUCUUGACACUUCCUUAGUAAUAUUAGUGUUUUAAAAAUAAAGGGUAUGUAAACUGAAAGCAACCUGAAUAAAUAAUAAACCCUUCACACAGUCAACAGUUAUUGAACUGAUUUGAUAAUUCAUGUGAUGGACAUUCAUGUAUUCUGUUAUGUGAAUUAUUUUUGCCAGCUGGUAUACGUGAAACAAGUACACCUGUCGUUAUAGAAUAAAAAUUUCAGCAUCAGA